GCCCCGCCGCCGCCGCCGCCGCCGCCGCCGCCGCCGCCCCCGCCGCCGGGGACAUGUCUAACCCUGGGGGCCGGAGGAACGGGCCCGUCAAGCUGCGCCUGACAGUACUCUGUGCAAAAAACUUGGUGAAAAAGGAUUUUUUCCGACUUCCUGAUCCAUUUGCUAAGGUGGUGGUUGAUGGAUCUGGGCAAUGCCAUUCUACAGAUACUGUGAAGAAUACACUUGAUCCAAAGUGGAAUCAGCAUUAUGACCUGUAUAUUGGAAAGUCUGAUUCAGUUACGAUCAGUGUAUGGAAUCACAAGAAGAUCCAUAAAAAACAAGGUGCUGGAUUUCUUGGUUGUGUUCGACUUCUUUCCAAUGCCAUCAACCGCCUCAAAGACACUGGUUAUCAGAGGUUGGAUCUAUGCAAACUUGGGCCAAAUGACAAUGAUACAGUUAGAGGACAGAUAGUAGUAAGCCUUCAGUCCAGAGACCGGAUAGGCACAGGAGGACAAGUUGUGGACUGCAGUCGUUUAUUUGAUAAUGAUUUACCAGAUGGCUGGGAAGAAAGGCGAACUGCCUCUGGAAGAAUCCAGUAUCUAAACCACAUAACAAGAACUACACAGUGGGAACGCCCAACACGACCAGCAUCUGAAUAUUCUAGUCCCGGCAGACCUCUUAGCUGCUUUGUUGAUGAGAACACUCCAAUUAGUGGAACAAAUGGUGCAACGUGUGGACAGUCUUCGGAUCCCAGACUGGCCGAGAGGAGAGUCCGGUCACAACGACAUAGAAAUUACAUGAGCAGGACACAUUUACAUACUCCUCCAGACCUACCAGAAGGCUAUGAGCAGAGGACAACACAGCAAGGUCAGGUGUAUUUCUUACAUACUCAGACCGGUGUGAGCACGUGGCAUGAUCCAAGAGUGCCUAGGGAUCUUAGCAACAUCAAUUGUGAAGAGCUUGGUCCAUUGCCUCCUGGAUGGGAGAUCCGUAAUACUGCAACAGGCAGAGUUUAUUUCGUUGACCAUAACAACAGAACAACACAAUUUACAGAUCCUCGGCUCUCUGCUAACUUGCAUUUAGUUUUAAAUCGGCAGAACCAGUUGAAAGACCAACAGCAACAGCAGGUGGUAUCGUUAUGUCCCGAUGAUGCAGAGUGUCUGACAGUCCCACGGUACAAGCGAGACCUGGUUCAGAAGUUAAAAAUUUUGCGCCAAGAACUUUCCCAACAACAGCCUCAGGCUGGUCAUUGCCGCAUUGAGGUUUCCAGGGAAGAGAUUUUUGAGGAAUCAUAUCGGCAGGUCAUGAAAAUGAGACCAAAAGAUCUGUGGAAGCGAUUAAUGAUAAAAUUCCGUGGAGAAGAAGGCCUUGACUAUGGAGGGGUUGCCAGGGAGUGGUUAUAUCUGUUGUCACAUGAAAUGUUGAAUCCUUACUAUGGCCUCUUCCAGUAUUCAAGAGAUGAUAUCUAUACAUUGCAGAUCAAUCCUGAUUCUGCAGUCAAUCCGGAACAUUUAUCCUAUUUCCACUUUGUUGGACGAAUAAUGGGAAUGGCCGUGUUUCACGGACAUUACAUUGAUGGUGGCUUCACAUUGCCUUUUUAUAAACAGUUGCUCGGGAAGUCCAUUACUUUGGAUGACAUGGAGCUAGUUGAUCCAGAUCUUCACAACAGUUUGGUGUGGAUUCUUGAGAAUGAUAUUACAGGUGUUUUGGACCAUACCUUCUGUGUCGAACAUAAUGCAUAUGGUGAAAUUAUUCAGCAUGAACUUAAACCAAAUGGCAAGAGUAUCCCUGUUACUGAAGAAAAUAAAAAAGAAUAUGUCAGGCUCUACGUGAACUGGAGAUUUUUACGAGGCAUUGAGGCACAGUUCCUGGCUCUGCAGAAAGGAUUUAAUGAAGUAAUUCCACAGCAUCUGCUGAAGACAUUCGAUGAGAAGGAGUUAGAGCUCAUUAUUUGUGGACUUGGAAAGAUAGAUGUUAAUGACUGGAAGGUAAACACCCGGUUAAAACACUGCACGCCAGACAGCAAUGUCGUCAAGUGGUUCUGGAAAGCUGUGGAGUUCUUUGAUGAAGAGCGAAGAGCACGGUUACUUCAGUUUGUGACAGGAUCAUCUAGAGUGCCUCUGCAGGGCUUCAAGGCUUUACAAGGUGCUGCUGGCCCACGACUCUUCACCAUACACCAGAUCGAUGCCUGCACCAACAACCUGCCAAAGGCCCACACGUGCUUCAAUCGAAUAGACAUUCCGCCCUAUGAAAGCUAUGAAAAGUUAUACGAAAAGCUGCUAACGGCCAUCGAAGAGACAUGUGGGUUUGCUGUGGAAUGAUGAACUUCACGGAUUUACCCCGGACUCUAUUUAUACCCUGACCGACAGCCUCCUUUCAGCAAAGUUGCCCGGAAUGCUGAAAUACAGGAAAAUGCCCCACCCCCCCCUAAAAAAAAAAAAUGUUUAGGACACUGUGAGGGGAAAGGACAAUUUUGAAAUUCCUUUUCAAGGAAAAAAGAGGUCUUUAUGCUUUGCCAUGAGGCCACACUCAGCUGCUAUUUAAAAUUAAUAUCUUGAACCUAAAGAAUGCUGACUUUUCCUACAUUUCCAGAGUUAGGCAGUAUUCUACACUUAAAGACUACUACUAUUUUUAUAAAAAGGUAAUCUAUUCAGAUCGCUCCACAGAUUUCAAGUCUCUCAAACAUCAAGACAACUCCAGCAGUCGGUACACAUCACAUUUCAUUUGGAUCGAAUACAUGAUUUUGAACAGUUCCUGUACUUGCUCUUUGUAAAAAGAAAUAAAAUUAUUUUGAAGGAUUCUACCUUUGUAAACAAUUGGCUAAAGGAAUCAUUAUCUUAAAAAAAAAAAGCCACUUACACGUUUAAUUACAUUUUUCUAUAGCAAAGCAUUAUAUUUUAAAAGCAUUAUAUGUUUCAACCUAGCCUAAGCGAGUCUUUUGUAUUUUUUUCAAGCACGAAUUUCCUGGAAUACAGCUACAUAAUUUUGGUUGUCAGAUUCCUAAUGCAACCCUUUAGUCUAAACUUACUAGCUUAUUUGAUACAGUAAGAUGCAUUCAGGGCUCCUUGUUUUUAAGAGACUUUAAAAAAACCCUAAUUUUUUAUCUUGAAUCAAUAUGAUCAGGUAUUUUGGAUUUACUUUUCAUCUUAAAUGGAAAUACUGCAUUUUUAUUGCUCCUCAGAUCAUGUAGAUGGGAUGGGAUUUUCAUUCUUUUGCUGGGUCAGCUUAUCUUUAAUACAGAUGCUGUUUCUGUAAACCAAAGUCUCCUAUAACCAGUGCACCUAAUUUAUAUUAUAUUUGAAUUACGGUCUGAGUUUCUAUCAGGUAAACCAUCCAGAAUCUUUGUUUAGCUGCUCAUGAUGUUUUAAUCAGCUAAAAUUACGAAAAAGGAAAAAUUUUAUUUAGCAAGCUUAGAAAAUCCUGUUUUUACCUAAUAAAGUGGGCAUGGGAUGGGGCAGGGGGUAGGAUUACUGAAGCAAUAGUGAUUCUGGAUCUCUGGUAUAAAUUACUUUAGAACCAGAGAGUUCACUUGGGAGGUGAGGGCAUCCCAGUUCCCUGGGUGUUGAUCAGCAUCUGAUUUUGAAAUCUCCAGAUUCGGCUUUCAAGGUGUGUGACCCAGAAGGCAGCCAAAGUUCUGGAGUGAGGGAUUGAAAAAAUCUGAAGUCAUGGAUGAAUUUUUAAAUUCAGCUAUCAGAAAUCUGCACUAUAUAUAUACAUUUCUUACAUUGAUGUGAAUCAAGGGCAAAUUUUAACAAGAGAGCUCUGUUUAAAUUUUGCAGCUUAAUGAUCAAGUGAUAGGUCCUUUGCGUUCUUUCGUUUGAUGGAUUGGUUUUCAGACUGUGUCCAGGAGCCAAGGGGUUCCCGCGAGGUGCAUCAGAAGUACUGGCUUAAGACAGGAGGGACAGAGAGGGCGAGGAAGGCCUCGUUGGUCUUUGGGCAGGAGCCGCCAGCUCCCCACCCCUACCCCCUUUCCCUAGAGCAGCUCCCACUUUGUCUCUUUUGUGUAUUGGGAUUCCAAGUAAGCUUUCAUGGGGUGGGAGGCUGGGGAGGGGAUAAAGGAAGCGGAAAUUUUGCCGUUUAAAACAAAAAAAGCUGAGAACUACUUGUGUGGUUUCUAAGUAUUUGAAUCCAUUUCAUUCAGCCAGAUCGGACUGCUGCGUGCAGGUUAGUCAUAGUCAUAACUGUGCGGGGGUAACGUGCUUAUGCGGACCUUUUCCUUCCCAGACACUUGGUGUUUCCCCGCUGCGUUGUUCGUAGUACCUGAGAACAUCUUGAAAUGUACAGAAAAGGUUUCUGAGCUAUUGGAUGGUCAGUGUUCAGCUCUCACAAUAGUACCUUACUGGUUGCAGGUCUGUCUGUCUCAUAUUAAAGCGCUAGUGCAGCAUGAUUGUGCCCACUCUUCUCAUCUUCUAAAAAGUAAGUACGCGACGAACGCUUUAGAGAAAUCUUGACUGACGGAUGCAGUGAUAAAUGCUACUGUCAUAAUGGACAAUAAAGCAGGCUCAUACCAUCGCUUCUGAGUGCCUUUUUAACUUUAUAAUAAUGACUUAAUAGAGCUUUAAAAGAAAUCUACCCUAACGGUCUAUGGUAUCACCAACAUAAUUUAUAAAGACACAACUUAGAUUUCAUUUUCAAAAUGAGGUUACCUGAUUUCUUCCAAAUAGGUGCUAAGCAAACCAAACCCCCCAAUGUGUCAUUGAAUCUUGGACUUGCACCUCAUGUUUAAUGUGAAUAUUUAUUUCCACAUAUCCCUCUUAGCUGGGCUUUUUCCCAAUCUCUUCCUCUGGCCGUGCUAUUUCCGGUAUGGGAGGUCACCUUUCCGUAACCCUGCCUUUCCAUCAUGAAUGCUUAAGUAUGAACUUUUGAGCGCUCAUGUGCAGUACAGAGGUGAGUUUUGUUGCAAAGGGUCUUCUUGAUUUUUUUAAAUAGUGCUGUGUAUAGUGUACAUUUUGUUUUGCACAUAGUUUGUUGCCCUGAUUGGGUUUUAUUUUUAUCUUUUUUUUUUUUUUUUUUUUUUUUUUUUUUUUACCCCCCCUACA